UAAUACCCACCUCCACAGCAAGCAUGCAGUGCUAGAGGUUAAUACGCAUUAGAAUUGACUCUCUAUGCAUUGAUGGAGUGGAAUUUGGCGCAACACUCGAAUAACUUCAGCAUCAUCAGCAUCAUCAGCAUCAGUUGUCUGAAUUGCUAGUGAAUGAGUCAAACGACUGUAAUGAAGGGCACAUAUAACGGCUUCAUUUCUUCAUUCCUGUAGAAAAUUUCCAUCUGGAAACGUUCCUCUCCUAUAUUUUGGCUUUGACUUUGAGCUCUAGCCUCGACAACCUUUUUUUUUGUCCGUGCCGAGCUCGCACAGAGAAACGGAACCCGUCUGGGCUGUCCUCCCGGAGUUUCCGGGCUUCAGAAGGCUUUCAUUACCCCCAAUUGGAUCAUUGUUGCAUCAUCAUCAACUGUGUUGUGCAGUGCAAGCUACAAGUGAAAAAUGAGGUUUUAUAAAUGCUGAGUAAAUAGACUAAUCUCUAUACCAGGGCUGAGCUUACGCCAUUGUAUCUCCAAAGAACUUGAACUACAUGAAGGAACUUCAAAUAUGUCUUCCAAAGAGGAAAACAAUGAGGAACAAAGUAACGGUGUAGGACUAAAGGAAGACAAUGAUACACCAACACCAGAAGAUACAGAUGGGACUAUUCCUGUAAUUUUUGUAGAUGAUACUUUGGAAGCUGAUCAAGAUGUGGAUGAAAUACCAGAAGAGGAAGAAGAACUUGAUCAGAUUGAAGAGGAGGAUGAGGAGGAGACUGCAUGUCAAGGGGAUGAGGGACAGACAGAAGGAGGAGGAGGAGGAGGAGAAGAUGCUAUUGAUGAAGAGGACGGUGGACAGGCUGAUGAGAUUCUGCUUGUGCCCACAAAUGGUGACGCCAUAGAAAUGAAUGAGGCACCAUGCAAACCCCAAGACGGAAAUGAAGAAGACAUACAUGUAAUAUCCGACGGGAAAUAUAAAAAGAUUAAAACGAAGCACAUCAUGGAUGAUGCGUCCAUCAUCUCAAAGUUCUACCAGCACUGGCUCAACUUUCUGUUUUACAAAGCAUGGAAACGUGGCUUGAAACCUGAUGAUCUCUUUCCCUGUUCACCUCACGAGAGUGCUAGCCUGAACCACAAUAGGUUUUCCCAGCUGUGGGACCAGGAGGUUGCCAUGAGAGGGCCUAAGAUGGCAUCAGUGGGCUUGGUUAUAUUCAGAUUCCUGAUCUGGAGGGUGCUAUUUGGCAGUGUGACGAUGCUGGUGGCCCUCAUCGUGUCUCUCUUUUCGUCUGCCUUUGUUGUGCGUCGACUCCUGGAAUAUGUCCAACAAACCGAGAAAGAUACCCAAUAUGGACUGCUCUGGGUGCUUGGGCUGUUGCUAUGUCAGUUAACCCAGGUCACUCUACUCUCCUAUCAGUUCUACCUCAAUACCCGGACUGGGACUAGGCUCCGUGCUGCUGUGGUUUCAACCAUCUACCGAAGGGCCAUCAGCGUAAGGACCCUAAAGGGCAAAUCAGCCGGGGAGAUCAUCAAUCUAUGUACAAACGAUGGUCAGAGGUUGUAUGAGAUGGGUCUAUGGGGUCCAACCCUACUCUGUGGACCACCUAUAGCCAUAGCUGGUAUUAUUUAUACCUAUUUCCUGAUUGGACCAUCAGCUCUGUUUGGAACUGGCCUUUUCUUCAUGUUCUAUCCCAUAACAAUGGGGAUGGCCAAACUAGUUGCACACUUCAGACGUCAAGCCAUUCAGAUUACUGAUAAGCGAGUCCGAUUGAUGAACGAGGUCAUCUCUAGUAUCAAACUCAUCAAGAUGUAUGCCUGGGAAAUGCCUUUCUCUCAAAAAAUAUCCAAUAUGCGUGGAGAGGAACAGAAGGCUUUGCAGAAGGGAGGUUACAUGCAGAGUUUGAGUACAAUGUGCUUGCCGUUGGUCCCGGUCUUAUCAACUAUGCUUACCUUGGUCCUACAUACAUCUCUAGGAAACAAUCUUACGCCAGCUCAGGCUUUUUCCUACAUCUCGUGUCUGACUGCCAUGCGUAUCAUUCUUGUGAUGACUCCGUUGGGUAUCAAGGCUGUGUCUGAAUCCGUAGUGGCCUUUCCACGCAUCAAGGAACUCCUUCUCAUGGAAGACAUCAAACCCUUCACCAACAAACCGUCCUCCUCCGACCAUGCCCUGGAGAUCGUCAAGGCAACGUUCGCUUGGGACAAGGAACAGGCCGUGAUUGCCGCCGAUGGUAAAGGUCUUGCAAGCAAGGACAAGAAGAAGAAUGGAGAUGAGAAGGAGAAGAAGGGAGAGGUGAAGGGUGGGGCCGAUCAGGGAGAGGGUGAAGAGUCCGCGAUGCCUCUGGUUGAUGGAGAUGAACCGAAGGCUGAGGAUCAGGAGCAGAAUGACGAGAUUGUGAACACGCUUUUUGAUAUCAAUCUGGAGGUUGGAAAGGAUUCUCUGGUAGGCGUCUGCGGUAGCGUAGGCAGCGGCAAGUCAUCCCUGAUCAACGCCAUCUUGAGUCACAUGAUUCACGUAGACGGAUCAGUGGCUGUCGAUGGCUCGUUUGCAUACGUACCACAGCAGGCAUGCAUCCUCAACAUGACGCUACGAGAGAAUAUUCUCUUUGGACUGGAGUUUGACGAGGAUCGCUACGUGGAUGUGGUAGAGGCGUGUGGUCUUGCCCCUGACCUGGAAAUACUAGCAAAUGGUGACCUGACAGAGAUUGGAGAGAGGGGGAUCAACCUGAGUGGGGGUCAGAAGCAGCGAAUCAGCAUGGCGAGGGCAGUAUACUCUCAGAGAGACAUUUAUCUGCUAGAUGACCCUCUGAGUGCUGUGGACGCCCACGUGGGUCAACACAUCUUUGAGAAUGUGAUCAAGAAACUACUCAAGGGCAAGGCCAUCAUCUUUGUGACACAUCAACUCCAGUUUCUCAGUCAUUGCGAUCGCGUGCUCUUCAUGAAAUCAGGUCGCAUCUUUGCGGAUGGGCCCCACAACACUCUGAUGAAGAACAACCCAGAGUACAACGCACUCCUCCAGAACUUCAUGCAGGAACAGGAUAUGAGAAGGAACUCAGUCAGCUCGUCCAAGGAUGGAGGCCGCGCCCGUGUGCUCUCGUCCAUCUCGCUGACCUCCCUGGACUCCAGGCAGCGGUCAGAGAGCUUCCGUGCCUUGACCCAGACCUUCAGGGGUCGGUCCAACCAGAUGUUACGUCAGGUCUCUGCCCGUUCCACCCACUCCAUCCCGGAGCAGACACCCCUUCCCAUCCAGGAGGCAGGGACAGACAAGAUCAAGCAAGCUGACGACCAAACCGACGGUGCUGAUUACCUGCCAGUGUUUGAAUCAAGUGAAAACAUUAGAAACGAAAAGACGGAUGGAGAGAGCGAAGAAUCCGAUAGUCAAAAUGAAGAAUGGGAAGAAGAAGAGGAUGAUGAUGAAGAAGAAGAAGAAAAUAGAGAUGCUACUAUGAUGUAUGAUGGAAAGCUGAACCAGCCUGAAGCCCUAGAGUCCAAAACUCGGCCCUCUAAGACCUACCUAGCAUACAUGCGAGCCGCUGGAGGGGUGGUGGUAUCGCUCCUCGUCAUACUCAUCUUUCUCAUCUCUCAGGCUUUCGCCACCUUCGGUAACUUCUGGCUCAGCUACUGGCUUGAGCAGGGCAACGGCACCAAGAUACAUGUGAAUGCCUCCACAGUAGGAAGUGAUUUUGAUCCCUAUAGUCAGAUGAAUGUGUCUGAUAAUCCUAGGCUAAGAUUCUACCAGCUCGUCUAUGUAGGCUCGGUCAUUGGAUGCCUGCUCUUUGGUUUCAUGAGGGCCGGUGUGUACGUCAAGACCACUCUGAGAGCAGCAUCAAACUUGCAUAACAAGGUCUUCCUCAACAUCAUACACAGUCCUAUGGCCUUCUAUGAUACCACUCCAUCAGGACAGAUCCUCAACAGAUUCUCUAAAGAUCUUGAUGAAGCCGAUAUCCGUCUUCCAUUCGUCAUGGAGUCCUUCCUCCAAAAUGGCAUCUUCGUCCUCUUCAACCUGUGCACAGUGAUAUACAUCUUCCCCUGGUUUCUAGUAGGCGUGGUCAUCAUGGUCAUCUUCUUUGUCGGCCUCAACAAGUUCUAUCGCCCUGGUCUCAGGAACAUCAAGAUGCUUGACAACACUCUCCGCUCCCCGUGGUUCUCUCAUGUUACCACGACAAUGCAUAGUCUCUCCACCAUUCAUGCCUACCAGAAGAAAGAUGAGUUUAUCAAGACAUUUGAGAAGCAAUUGGACAAACAUUCCGUCCCAUUGAUGCUCUUCAUGUUAGCCAAUCGGUGGCUGGCGACUCGUUUUGACGUCAUGACAACCCUCCUAGGGUGCUUAACAGCAACCUCCAUCGUCCUAACACACGGCAGCAUACCACCUGGCCUCGCAGGACUGGCACUCACAUUUACUAUGCAGUUUCUAGGUAUAUUCCAGUUCACGUUGAGGUUAGCCGCGGAGGUCGAGGCAAGAUUUACAUCCGUUCAGAGAAUCAUUGACUACACAGAAUUACCAAGGGAGGCAGCCCCUACCAUUGAGGGAGAAGAGCCCCCGGAGAAAUGGCCAGAGCAGGGUCGCAUCACCUUCCGCAAGGUGAAGUUGCGUUACCGUGAGAACCUACCUCUCGUUCUGAAGGGUGUGACAUUUUAUGUUAAGCCACGGGAGAAGAUCGGCAUUGUGGGAAGGACUGGUUCGGGCAAGUCAUCCCUCGGUGUGGCUCUCUUUCGUUUAUCUGAGAUAUCAGGAGGAAGCAUGUUUAUAGAUAAGAAAGACAUUGGUAAGAUUGGCUUGAGAGACCUUAGAUCCAAGAUCUCCAUCAUACCUCAAGAUCCAGUCCUCUUCAUAGGAACAGUCAGGUACAACCUGGAUCCCUUUGAUGAGCAUUCAGAUGAAAAUGUGUGGAGAGCUUUAGAGAGAACUCAUAUGAAGAAUACGAUAAGCAAACUAGAUCAGCAGCUGAUGGCAUCGGUGGUAGAGAAUGGUGAGAACUUCUCAGUGGGAGAAAGACAGCUAAUGUGCAUGGCUAGAGCUCUGCUGAGGAACAGUAAGAUCCUCUUCUUAGAUGAAGCUACAGCAGCCAUUGACAGCGAGACGGAUACUCUGAUCCAAGCCACCAUACGAGAAGCCUUUCAUGACUGUACUAUGCUCACCAUAGCACAUCGUCUCAACACCAUUGUAGAUUCACAUCGUAUACUGGUCAUGGAUGAUGGAAAGAUUGCUGAGUUUGACCGGCCAGCUGUACUGAUGAACAAACCAAACUCCAUCUUUAAGUCUAUGAUGGAGGCUGUAGCUGCUCAGAAAGAACUUGCAGAAGUGUUUGGAUCCACAAAUAGCCUUCAAGUCCCGUCUCAAAUCUAGCAUCAUUGCGAUUGAUUCAAUUUCAAAUUGAUUGCAACUUGCAGAAGUGUUUGGAUCCUCAACUAGCCUUCAAGUCCCGUCUCAAAUCUAGCAUCAUUGCGAUUGAUUCAAUUUCAAAUCGAUUGCAACUUGCAGAAGUGUUUGGAUCCAC